GAGCAAUCGGCUACCGAGCAGCGGGCGGGGCGGAGCCUGUUCCUCCCUUGGCUCCGCGCACCUGGGCGCUGGACACACCUGAGGCUGCUGCGGGUCGCUGUACGGAAGAAGUCCCCAAACAGACAACUUGUUAUAGGAGUUCACAGAAAAUACUGAAAUGUCAGGUUCCACGGCAUUUAAGAUGAGACUAGUUCAUUUGGACUUUAAAGGAGCUCCACCAAAGAUUUCAUACCUGUCGGAGAUCUUUCCUCUGUUCCGUGCUCUGGGUGCGAACGGUCUCCUCAUUGAGUAUGAAGACAUGUUUCCCUACGAGGGCCACCUGAGGCUGCUGAGGGCCUCGAACGCAUACAGCCCCUCUGAAGUCACAGAAAUACUGCGUCUGGCCAGGCUCAGUGAGCUGGAGGUCGUUCCCCUGGUGCAGACAUUUGGACACAUGGAGUUCGUGCUGAAGCACCCCGCAUUCUCGCACCUCCGGGAAGUGGCACUCUUCCCCAACACUUUGAACCCUCAUGAGGCAGAGUCCCUGGCACUGGUGAGCGCCAUGAUCGACCAGGUCCUGGGGCUGCACGAAGGUGCCCUCUGGCUCCACAUCGGGUGUGAUGAGGUCUACUACCUGGGCGAAGGGGAGGCCUCUAAACAGUGGCUGCAGCAGGAGCAGAACAGCCAGGCCAAGCUGUGUCUUUCCCACAUCCGGGCGGUGGCCAGCCACGUGCUGAGCCUUAACCACAGCACAACGCCCCUGGUGUGGGACGACAUGCUGCGGGACAUUCCCCAGGACCAGCUCGCAGCCUCCGGGGUACCGCAGCUGGUGGAGCCUGUGCUCUGGGACUACAGUGCCGACCUGGAUGUCCACAGCAAGGUCCUCCUGAUGGAAAAGUACCGGGAGUGCGGCUUUCCGCGGCUGUGGGCAGCCAGCGCCUUCAAGGGGGCCACAGGGGCAAGCCAGGCCCUGCCGCCCAUCCAGCACCACCUCAGGAACCAUGCGCAGUGGCUACAGGUGGCAGGCAGUGGGCCAGCAGACGCACUGCAGGGCAUCAUUCUGACCGGCUGGCAGAGGUACGACCACUUCUCUGUGCUCUGCGAGCUGCUCCCCGUGGGCAUCCCAUCCCUGGCCGCCUGUCUGCAGUUGCUGCUCUGUGGAGGAUUUGCUGAGGACGUGAAAGGGAGAGUAGAGAAUCUUCUCGGGAUUUCAAGCUCAGAAGCAGCAGAUGCUGUGAGUGAGGAAGCCGGCUCUUUCCCUGGCAGUGACAUUCAUGCCCUCGUCACCCAAGUCAGCCUCCACUUGUGCAGCUCCGUGGAUGCACUGCUGGAGAGGAACAGGUAUGUGACCGGCUGGUUCAGCCCCUACCACCGCAGGCGGAAGCUCAUCCACCCAGUCAUGCUACAGCACAUCCAGCCCGAGGCAUUCAGCCUCCUGGGCAGGUGGGCCGUGCUGGUGCAGCAGCUGGAGGCAGCUCUGCAACGCGUCUUCUACCCCGACGCUGUGGAGGAGUGGCUGGAGGAGAACGUGCACCCCAGCAUGCAGCGGCUGCAGCACCUGCUGCAGGACCUUGGGGAGGCUGCAGCACCCCUACCUGCACUCUCAAACCCUCGCAGAGACACAGGCCAGGACCCCAAGGGGCUCCUUCCACGGCUGGGGUGCAGUGCUGUUAGCCCGGGGGGUACAGGCUGAAGCAAGCUGCACAUCAGCUGCAUCCGACACUUUCGUCCUGCUGCACCAAGAAACCGCAGUGCAGGCAGAACCUUUGAGAGCACAGCAGGCAGCACUGAAGGAAAAGGCGCAUGGAACGAUUCACUUUGUGCAUGUAGAACUUUACUGAGUCAUUUGAAAUAAAGACAGCACAGGCUUCAAGUCC